AUGGCUGGAUAUGUGUUGGAUGCCAUUUGGCCGUCCUUGACGGGCCACGAGUAUGAUUACCUCUUCCGCAUGCUGCUCAUCGGUGACUCAGGCGUCGGGAAGUCCUGCUUGCUGCUGCGCUUUGCGGACGACAGCUACAACGAGACCUUUGUGUCCACCAUCGGCGUGGACUUCCGGAUUCGCACCAUGAUCCUCGAUGGGAAGAAAGCGAAGACUCAGAUCUGGGACACUGCUGGGCAGGAGCGCUUCAGGACCAUUGCUGCCAGCUACUACCGUGGUGCUCACGGCAUCAUCAUCGCCUUCGAUGUCACGGACCGGGAAUCCUUCAAGAACGUGCGGCAAUGGAUGCAGGAGAUUGACAAGUAUGCACCUGCAGUGGUCAACAAGAUGCUCGUGGGCACCAAAAUCGACCUCGUUUCAAAACGAGUUGUCGGGGAGGAGGAAGCAAGGGAACUGGCAGAAGAGCUGGGUCUACGAUACUUGGAGACGAGUGCCAAGCAUGCGCACAAUGUAGAUGAGGCCUUCCAUGCGAUGGCCAAGGAGAUCAAGGAUCGCAUUGCCCGGCAAGAUCCAGACCCCUCCAUUGGAACCAGGAGCAAUCUUUCUCAUCAAGGCCCUCGUUGA